AUGCGAAUGGAAACUAAUGAACAGAAAGAUAAUACACAUACGGUACCAGAAAAUGAAAGGGGUGUAAGUAGCAUUAAUUUGCAAGAAACAACAGGUGCAGUAGCUGAUUGCAAAGAUCAGAAUCUAUCUGUUAAUAAACAACUUCAGGGAGAGGAUGCAAAACUGCAGUCUCCAUUUGUUUCCCUCGAUCAGAAAUGGGCCCAGGUUGAACAGCUGACCGCAGCCGCCCCCGCGUCACGUGCGUGCUUAGCCGUGCGCAGUUCCAGCUGCGUGAGUCAGGCGCGCACGCCACUUCCGGAGCCGGGGCCGCCCGCAGAAGCGCACGCACUGCCGCCGUGUAAAGCGACCGCCUCGUUUCUAUGUGGCAGCGGGCCCCAAGGUCAGCUUCACGCGCCGGUCGACCUCUCGCCCCCGGCCUCUGUAGCAUGCGACAAACUUGAGCGGCCCCCUCUUGAGAACAAAGGAAUGGAUUCCACCAGCGCCCACGACGAGAAUGGGUGUCGGGUAGCUCUAACCGAUACACCAAACAAUGGCGAGAACAGUAACUCCAACGACGGCUGCAUGUCGGGCUCCGUUCCGACGUCGCUGGCGGGUGGCGUGGGAGGCGGCAUGUCCGGCGGCGUGGUGAGCGGCGGCGUCGGGCUGUGCUCGGGCCCGGCGGCGGCGCCCAGCGGCAGCGAGGACGAGAGCGCCGCCCCCAGUUGCGGCAGCCCGCCCCCGGGGGCGGCGAGCGACGGCGGCGGCAGCGGCAACGGCGGCGGCGCCAGCAAGAAGAAGCACCGCCGCAACAGGACCACCUUCACCACCUACCAGCUGCACGAGCUCGAGCGCGCCUUCGAGAAGUCUCACUACCCGGACGUCUACAGCCGCGAGGAGCUCGCCAUGAAGGUCAACUUGCCCGAGGUCCGCGUACAGCCUCGGGCUUCCGCGGUCGCUCGUUCCUCCCGGAGAACCAGCAACUGCGGCGGCGCGUCGGCGGCGGGGGCGGCAGCGGAGGCUCGUGGGCGGCCGUCGCCGUCCCUAUUGAUUGCCGGGGAGGGCUGA